UCCCCGCGCAGGCUUGGCCGCGCACUCCCGCCCUCUGCCCGCUGCCCCGGCUCCUCCCUCCUCCGGAGCUUCUCCCUGGGGCGGCCGCGCGGGAGGGAGGCCGAGAUGGCUGAUGAGAUCGCCAAGGCUCAGGCCGCCCGGCCUGGUGGCGACACGAUCUUCGGAAAGAUCAUUCGCAAGGAAAUCCCAGCCAAAAUCAUUUUUGAGGAUGACCAGUGUCUUGCUUUCCAUGACAUUUCUCCUCAAGCACCAACACAUUUUCUGGUGAUACCCAAGAAACAUAUAUCCCAGAUUUCUGUAGCAGAAGAUGAUGAUGAAAGUCUUCUUGGACAUUUAAUGAUUGUUGGCAAGAAAUGUGCUGCUGAUCUGGGCCUGAAGAAGGGUUAUCGAAUGGUGGUGAAUGAAGGUUCAGAUGGGGGACAGUCUGUCUAUCACGUUCAUCUCCAUGUUCUUGGAGGUCGGCAGAUGAAUUGGCCUCCUGGUUAAACAUGUUUUAGGGAUAAUUUUCCCUUCUCUAGGCAAUGAUCAAUAUUUGCAAGUUCCAAUGUUAAAUAAUAUACGUAUUUUUGCCUGUGUAUGGAGAGAUUGAGGGAAUAAUUUUAAAAGCCCAUAAAUAAUAAAAGAUAAUGUUGCAUGGUUUACAAUCUCUCUGAAACCUGUGUUUGCUUUAUUAAAAAAAAAAUGUUGGAAUGUGUGAAGGUAGAAUUCAUAAUUUGGGUAUUCUUUUUUCUCCCUAAUGUAUACUAAACAUACGUACAUUGUUAAAAUGGUAUGACUGGUUUCUGAAGACAAAUACAAGAUUUCACAAAUUGAGUUUUAGCUUUGUAAUACCCUUUUAGGGUAAAAUAUUAGUCCAGGUGGAGAUUUUCUAAUCUAAUUCUCUCAAUACUUAAGAACAAGAGUAUCUGAUGUGAUUGAUCCAGAAAGUGAAUGUUUUGGGUCUAAAAGCAAUGGUUUUUGUCAAGCCCAUGUUCCCCCUGGACUGUUGGGGUAAUUUGGAAGGAAUAAAAGAUUUGUCACAGAAUCUUUGAUGACCAUA